AUGGAACCAUAUGAGGCUCUGUAUGGACGCAAGUGUCAAACGCCUUUGUGCUUGUAUAAGGACGUUGAAAGUAUGAUUGUAGGACAUGAGAUGGUGCAACAGGCUACAUAUAAGAUUACUUCACGAAUUGGACCUGUGGCUUAUCGAAUUGCAUUGCCUCCGAUAUUGUCCUAUAUUCACAACGUAUUUCACAUGUCGCAAUUAAGGAAAUACAUUUUAGAUCCAUCACAUGUGAUCGAACCAGGCACAGUUCAACUAAAGGAUAACUUGUCAGUUGAAUUAGUACCUAUAAGAAUUGAGGACAUGAAGAUAAAGCGGUUAAGGAACAAAGAAGUUUUGUUGGUCAAAGUGAUUUGGAACCUAACUACUGGAGAUCCGACUUGGGAACUAGAGGGUAAGAUGAGGGAAUAA